AUUCUUUUUGUUUCAUUUUCAAACACCACAUUCUUAUUAUUAUUAUUAUUAUAUAUAUUUCUCAAUUCUCAUUCCAACCAUAAUUCAACCCCAAAUUAUAAUUCUUUCUUUUUUUUCUUAUUUUUAGUAAACCCGUCAAAACUUACAAUUUUUUUAUAAUUUUUUUUUCCAAAAUUUGAUCUUCUCUUCAAACUCACCAAGAGAUUUCCCAAAAGUUGUUUGUAUUUGAAGAGUCUAUCUAGUCUUAGUCUAUUCAAUUUUUUACCAAAAAGAAGUUAACCCAUUUGACACUUUUUUUAACACUAAUUGGAAUUUUCUAAAUUCCAAUUUUGGUGCUUCCUUUUUAGGGAUUGUAUAUAUAUAUAUAUAUAUAUAAGCCUACUACAUUUUCAUAAUUCAAUAUCAAGUUUAUUUGUUCUUACAAAAGCUAAAAGAGCUAAAAAGAAGAGAUUUUACUUCUUGGUUUGCAAGCUAAAGAAAUAUCGUUCGUGGUAGGAAUUGGAAUCAUAAUUCAUACAAAUGGGAUUAUCAAUUUCUAUAUUAAUCUCAGCCUGGCAUGAAAUCCUGACACAAAAAUUAUUCACACAAGUCUGCAAUGGAAGUAUAACAUCAAGAGCAAGAAGUUUUGCAAGAACAGCAAGUUUUAAGAGAACAGAAUCAUUCAAAAAGAGUAUUAGUAAAUCACCAAAAGAAACAGAAACAAUUAGAGGUUCAAAAAUGGGUACAACUUUACAUGAUCAUAAGCCUGAAAAUAUUGUGCUUGAAAAAUCACCUUCAUUCAACACAAUUGUACAAGAAUUUGGUUCAAAUCUAGCACCUAAAUCUACCAAUGGAUUAAUUCAUAAGCCAUUGCCUGCUAUUACUCUUCCUGAACCUUCUAUCCUGUUUUCGCCCCGACCCGUUUCUGAGCUUGAUGCUGCUGCUGUUUGUGUUCAGAAGGUUUAUAAAGGUUAUCGUACUAGGAGAAAUCUUGCUGAUUGUGCUGUUGUUGUUGAAGAACUAUGGUGGAAAGCGUUAGAUUUUGCUUCAUUAAAGAGAAGUUCUGUGUCUUUCUUCAAAAAUGAUAAACAAGAAACUGCAGUUGCAAAGUGGGCUAGGGCAAAAACAAGAGUUGCCAAGGUUGGAAAAGGUUUGUCACAAAACGAGAAAGCUCAAAAGUUAGCCCUACGACAUUGGCUUGAAGCUAUUGACCCACGGCACAGAUACGGACACAACUUGCACCUUUAUUAUGAUAUUUGGUUUCAAAGUGAAAGCAGCCAACCUUUCUUUUACUGGUUGGACAUUGGAGAUGGGAAAGAAAUAAACUUAGAGAAAUGCCCAAGGUCUAAACUUCAACAGCAAUGCAUCAAAUAUCUUGGACCGAAAGAGAGAGAAGCAUAUGAAGUAAUAGUAGAAGAUGGAAAACUUGUGUAUAAAGAAAGUGGAGACUUGGUGGAUACUGUGGGAGACUGUAAAUGGAUAUUUGUUUUGAGUACAUCAAGAUGUUUAUAUGUUGGUCAAAAAAAGAAAGGUCUAUUCCAACACUCUAGUUUUCUUGCUGGUGCUGCUACAACUGCUGCUGGUCGAUUAAUUUCUGAUAAAGGAGUUCUUCAGGCUAUAUGGCCAUACAGUGGACACUAUCUUCCUACUGAAGAGAACUUCAAGGAGUUUAUAAGCUUUCUUGAGGAUAACCAUGUUGAUCUCUCUAAUGUUAAGAAAUGUGCGUAUAACGAAGAAGUAGGAUCAUUCAAAGUACCGGAAGACGAAAGUUCACCCGAAAAGACAGCAGAAGUUGCAACAGAAGAUAAUGAGCAGGUUAAACCAGCUGAAGUUACCAAGGAUGAUCAAGAGCCAGCUUUCUCAUUUGCUAGACACUUAUCUUGUAAAUGGGUCACUGGUAAUGGACCUAGAAUUGGUUGUGUUAGGGACUACCCAUUGGACUUGCAAUCUCGAGCGCUCGAGCAUGUCAACCUUUCACCACGCAUCACACCUGGGUCGUUCUUUGGCCCCAUUCCUUCGCCUAGGCCUAGCCAUAUGGUUCACGUCUCCCCAAGGCUUGCGUCUAUGUGUCUGCCGAGUCCAAGAACACAAGUGACAAUGGGCUAAGUUAUUGACAUUCCAAAGGCUGGUGCAUAGUGAAUCGAGUCUUGUCUCUAAGAGGAAUCUAGAUUUCGAUUUUCGCUGCUCAUUCUCUUAGCCUACCCUUUACCGAAAAAGACGUAAUUUUGAUCACUUUUAGAACAGAAUCGGCACUUCUGGUGCCCAAUUUAUUAUUCGAGUUAAACUAACUAAUCUCUUUAUUUGUUCAUUUUGUUUGUCUUUUUUUUAAAAAUUUGUUAAUCAUAUUAGGGUGGUUCUAAUCAGUAAUCACUUUGAUAAAAUGAGUAUAAUGAGGAGUUAAAAUGUAAUUUUAAUUAUUUUGUUGAUACGUAUAUUCGUCAAUAAUGUGAAUAAAACCUAAGCUAAGAAGAAUGAGGUUAAGAUUUUUAUCCAUGUGAAUGAUAGAAAUUUAUUUGGAU